AUGGGGACCAAUAAAAGUGUCUUAUUACCUCCAGAUCAAGUACAAUUGAUUUGUAGUGAAACAGGCUUUACACCUAAACAACUUCGACGAUUGUAUAUUCGUUUUCAAGAACUUGCAAAACGAAAUCCAACAGGUGGAUAUCUGACACGUGAAGAUUUUUUAGAUAUACGUGAAGUAGCAUUAAAUCCGUUAGGAGAACGUCUUGUUGAUGUUAUCGUACAAGAUUAUGGUGAUGCAAAUAAAAUUAAUUUUCGACAAUUUGCUAAUGUACUUGCUCGAUUUCGUCGUGGCAAAGCAACAACUGAUUUAAAUACUAAAGAGAAAAAAUUAUUAUUUUUAUUUAGUAUGUACGAUCGUAAUCAUGAUUCGAAAAUUGAUCGAAAUGAAUUAUUGGGAAUUUUAAAACUGAUGGUCGGUGGAAAUAUUCAUGAUGAACAAAUAGCAACAAUUGCUGAUCAUACUAUUGGAGAAUUGGAUGCUGAUGGUGAUUUAACUAUAACAUUCGAAGAAUUUUGUGAAACAUUAUCAAGAAUUGAUGUUGAUGAAAAAAUGUCAAUGAAAUUUUUAAAUUAA